CCUCAGUUUCCUACAAAAGGGCGGGUCCAGGCUAUAAAGUCACAAGCCCACAGUUCUACACACUACACUUUUCCAGCACGCCUCUGCUGUUCUCUGGUUUUCUUCACACAACUGCUUGAACAACCACAGCCAUGCCAUCCGACCUUGAAAAAGCGAUGGAGUCCCUGAUUUUGGUGUUCCACCGCUAUGCAUCCAAAGAGGGAAACACCAACACCCUGAGCCGGCGUGAGCUCAGGGACCUGAUGGAGAACGAGCUCUCCAACUUCCUCAAGUCUCAAAAGGACCCUGGUACAGUGGACAAGAUAAUGAGGGACCUGGACACAAAUCGAGAUGGAGAAGUGAGCUUUGAGGAGUUUGUGUCUUUAGUGGUUGGUCUGUCCAUCGCCUGCGAACAGUGUUAUCAGUUACAUUUGAAGAAGACGGGUGUCCGAAAAUGAACAGACCAUCAACGAGUAUUUACACUUUUAUGCAUUAAUAAUAAUGUUGUCCUUUAAUUGUACCCAUUCUUUUAAAACUGGAAAAAAACAUUGUAUGUGUGUGUGUUAAUAAAAGAGAAAGAGAAAAAAAUGAAAAAGGGAGGAGAUCGGAUGAUACAUUGACAAACCUGUAAUCUCUCAGUGCACAGGCUUCGAGGUAAAAGUCCAGUGGGAAAGUGGGCAUGGCAUGUAAUUUAUGACAUUCUACUCUUUGCCCUGCAUACUUUACUUUAUAGCUUCCAAGAUUUCAGGGUUUUUAAGGUUUGUGGAAUGCAAUUCCUAACAGAGGAUUUUUCUAGUUUGUACGUAUUUAAAAUACAUUGAUCUACACACAGUUUUUGGCACCUGCCCCCAAGAGGCUAGGUGAUUAACUUCUGAAUUAUUUACAAUUUAAUUAUAAUAUCACUGUCUUAUAUUAAGGAAAGAAAAAUUGACAAGGAAAUGUAUUACCUAGAAACCUGAAAAACAUGGAAAUACUUUAAGUUUUCUGUAAAUUGAAAUUGCCUGUGCUUACUUGGCAGUUGUACUGGAAUUAAACUUUGUCCUCACA